AAUGACAUUUUAUUUCUUCUGCAUUAAUUAAACUCUAUGAUCACUUUCCGUUCACUGAGGUUUAUACACUGAGGUAGGAUAAGCUUGAAUCAUGUAAUAAUCUAAGACAAAAUAUUAUUUGCUUGUUAAGUAUUCUUAAUGUUUAUGUAAACACAGACUAAAGAGUGUGUGGUUAGCUGACACUUAACACAACCUAAUAGGGUGUGACGCUUCUUAAGAUAACCACAAAUAUGUAAGCUUGUAAAAGUACUUGUAAAAGUAGUGAAAUACAAAGUGACAGGACUGCAGCUUAAAGCUUUAGCACCUUUAGCCCAAAUAAAUCAGUUUGUGGACUUCAGAUAUAUUUCCUCUUGCUUGCCUACAAGUAGAGGUAGUCAUCAACUUACAAUUCAUUUAGUGACCGUUCAAAGUUACAACAGCACUGAAAAAAGUGACUUAUGACUGUUUUUCACACAUACGACUAGCGCAGCAUCCCCAUGGCCACGUGAUCAAAAUUCAGACACUUGACAACUAGUUCAUGCUUAUGACAGCUGCAGUGUCCUGGCAUCCAAAAGCACCAGCUUUUGAGACUUUCCGACAAGCAAAGUCAAUGGGGAAACCAGAUUCACUUAACAAUCGUGUUACUAACUUGACAACUACAGUGAGUCACUGAACAACGAUGGCAAGAAACGUCGUAAAAUGGGGCAAAAUUCACUUAACAAACGUCUCUCUUAGCCGCAUAAAUUGAGCGCUCAAUUGUGGUCCUUAAGUCGAGGACUAGGUUGUAUUACGGGAUUGCGACUUUCUCCUCUCCGAAGCCUGCUGCUGAGUUGCCGGCCAACGGGUCUUCAUGAACGAUUCCGCCUUAAGCAACUAAGGGGAGGAGAACCGCAACCCGCAGCGACAAAGGAGGAGGCAAAUGACCCAGUGGGGAGGGGCAGGCACUAGCCAGACUUUCCUGUCCGUGCGCCUCUGCUCUUCCGGAAUACUGUAGCAGGGAGUCUGAGGUUUUGGGAAGGCAGCCCAGGCAACGCCUUCCUGCCCGAGCGCGUUUCUCUCCGGCUAACCCUCCGAGGCUGGAGGAGUAUCUAAGUCCCCGCGAGAAGACGGGGCCUUGAAGAUUUUAGGGCGCCACUGACGCGGACAUCGCCAGUCGCAGCAGCUGGCUUUCUUCAGCGUCCCUCGCCCUCCGUGUUUUCUCCUUCCAUCGGAAGCUCAGCAGUCCCGGGAGGCCUGGUUCGACUUUUGAACCUUGGAAAUCUUGCAUCGCUAUUGAGGCCUGCGGUGCCUCGAGGUUCUUCCCCGCCCCUCAGAGGCGAAGGGUGCGUUGGCUCGCCGUCCUGCGAAUCGCAAGCUCGAAAGCCCGACGCUCUUUGUGGCGCGAGGUUCUGUCACCUGUUCCGGGCGAGGGAGUGGGAGAAGAGGCGUCAAGAGGUGGAGGGAAAGUUUUGCAAAAGGAAAGCCGGAGCGGCUCCUGGAAAGUUCGCCCAGACCAGCCGGAUUCGGAGCGGAAGAGAUGGCAGCCGAGAAAGGACGGGUCGGGAAUAGUAUUAUGAGGAGUUUGUAAAAAAAAUAAGUAGGUUGAAGUUCGGGACGAUUCGGGAAAGCCGCUGGUGAAGAGCCAGUUAAAGAGAGCAGGAUGUGAUGCAAAGAAAAGUUAGAAGUGAAUCGCGGACGAACUGGCGCCUCUUGGCCGAGAUUGUUGAGGGUAGCUGGAAAGGCUGAGGUCCCGCCCGUUCGGCGGGCGGGGCACCGUUUGGGAUCCCUUGGCUGAAUUCCCUCGCGAGGGACGCGUUUCGGAGAACUCCCCUAGUUCGAUGGCCGCUGACGGCAGCAUGAGGACGAACGGCGGAGGCCUUGACCGCGGGAGCAGCACCAGUUGUGCGCCUUGCAACAUCAGCUACACUCUCCCCAUCAUCUCUUCCAACAAGCUACCGGACCAGCGCUUCGUUAGCCGCGGGGCCUACGGGACGGUGUCCUCCGCGCGUCACGCAGACUGGCGACUCCCGGUAGCUGUCAAGUCCUUGCAAGGCAGCCUGUUAGAAAGUGAGAGAGACAGUCUCUUAAAAGAAGCUGAAAUUUUACAUCAGGCAAGAUUCAGUUACAUUCUACCAAUUUUAGGAAUUUGCAAUGAACCUCAGUUUCUUGGUAUUGUGACAGAAUAUAUGCCUAAUGGAUCACUGAACCAACUUUUAUAUGAGAAAAACAUCUAUCCCGAUAUUGCUUGGUCACUCAGGUAUCGCAUUUUGUAUGAAAUCGCUUUGGGAGUAAAUUAUCUUCACAACCUGAGUCCUCCACUCAUGCACCAUGAUUUGAAGACCCAGAAUAUUUUACUUGACAGUGAGUUCCAUGUUAAGAUUGCAGAUUUUGGUUUAUCAAAGUGGCGCAUGGUGUCCAUGUCACUUUCAAAAGGGGAUAAAUCAAUAUCUGAGGGAGGGACCAUCAUUUACAUACCACCUGAAUGUUAUGAUGGCAGCAAAAUCCGCUCAAGUGUAAAGCAUGAUAUAUACAGUUAUGCCAUUAUUAUGUGGGAAGUGAUGUCAAGAAAAAAACCAUUCGAAGAUGUUAUACAUCACUUGCAAAUUAUGUUUAGCAUGUCACGAGGGAAGCGCCCAGAUGUUGGGGAAGAAACUUUGCCCCUUGAUAUUCCUUACCGAGAAUUGAUGGUGUCUUUAAUGGAAUCUGCUUGGGCACCUAAUCCAGAGGAAAGGCCAUCUUUUUCAAGUUGCUUAAUAGAACUAGAAUCUGUGAUGAGGACCUUUGAAGAGAUACCUAUGCUUGAAGCAGUAAUAGAGAUAAAGAGGGCCAAAGCACAGUAUGAGUGGACAUGUAUUCAUUUGCCUAACAAGAUAUCCAGUAAUGAAUCAAUAUCUUUAAAUAUACCACUGAACAUUAGUAUACAAGAGAAUUCCUGUUCAUCCCAAGAUGAUCAAUCUUAUCUAUCAAGUGUUCCCCAGAAUAUAUCAAAACCAUGCAACCUCCUUUCAGAUGUUAAGGAUGAACCACACUCGCUGCUCAGUUAUGUUCCACACUCUCAGAGUACUGAGUCUUAUGUAUCUCAACAAAGUUCUUCAUCUAACACAGAUAGUUCUAAUUCAUCAAAUUCCACACCAGGCUUGCUGCAGCUUUCGGGAGCUAAUCCAGACUUUAUAUUGAGGACUAUGCAAUCACAAGAUUUCGCUGUAGCUCAUCAUUGGAUCCAAACUAAAAGAGAGGAUAUUGUCCAUCAGAUGACUGACACUUGCAUUAACCAGUGUUUAGAUGCCCUUCUUUCCAGGGAUUUAAUCAUGAAAGAGGAUUAUGAACUUGUUAACACCAAACCUACAAGGACCUCAAGAGUCAGGCAACUGCUUGAUACUACUGACAGUCAAGGAGAGGACGUCGCUAGAAUCAUAGUGCAAAAACUGAAAGAUAACAAACAGAUGGGGCUUCAGCCUUACCCAAAUAUACCUCCUGCAUCCAGGAGCACUUCUUUGCAUCUAUAAAUGUCAGGACCUGCAGUCUGGAUUCCUAUUUCUGAAGUACCUCUUUAUGUUUCUGCUGCAUGACUGUAAACUGAGGUUCUUAGUUUGCUGGCUUAGGGAGAGAGCAUCUGGCAAAUGGAAGUAUUGCACGGUGUCCUUUCAUUUUUAAAAAGAACAACACACUUGGACUUUCCUCACUGAAUAAAUUUGUAUUUUGUGGAAUUAUUAAAAAGAAAAUAUAAAAUAUAAAGAAUACAAAAUACAAAAGAAUAGGCAACUCAAAAGGGAUUUCUGUCUUUUGAAGCAUUCCGUCAGUCAAACCUGCCUUUAAAUAGGGAAGGGUUACCGGGUUAGUGCGUUAGUACAAUAGUUCUAAAACACCACCCUUUAUAAAGUCUUUUACAUGAAUAGGAACCACUUCUAUAUGAAUUUCCUUGUCUUUAAUUAUGUACUUUGUAGCAAAAAACAUACCCAUUUGGCUAUGCCAAACAUUGACCAGACAUAAUGAGACAAACCCCUGAUGUAUUUUGGAACGCAUAUGCUACCGCUUUGCAGCUUUGUAAAAUAGAAAAAAAAAGUGGUCUGUAAGUUGUUAUUGGAAGGAACAUAUUCUCUGUUAAUAAUCUUUAAAGAAUAUCUCGAAUCCUGAUUUGCAGGAUGUAAGACAUUAAUCCACCGAAGAGUAGAGUGUUGUGCAAAUGGAUUGUAUUGGAUUUUACGAAAAAUCUAUACUGUUUUCAUAGAGGCCCUAUUGAUUAUAGCUCAAAUUGUUCAUGAAUACUUUGCUAAUAUGGAAAUAUACCUGUAACAAUCCAUGUUCAGUGUACCUUAACUCAAAAGUAGGUGUGGCAAGGUGGAUAUAACAACCAUUUCUGAAGAGGAAACACUUUAAAGACAUUGAAGAACUGAAGAGAACCUGACAAGCAUGAAUGAAGUUUUACUUCACAAUGCCUGCCUCUUUACAAAAUGAAGUUGCACUCCAUACUCUAGUAGUCUAAUUCUGUUUAGGUAUGAGGGGUGGAGAAUGGCAUCUUCUAAAAAGCUGAAAUGACUCUUCAAGUAGUCCACCAAUAGCAUAUAAAAUAUGUAUAAAUCAUAUAGAGCCAGUCUGGUGUAAUGUUUAGGUGUCGAGCUAGAAAACGGAAGAGUGGAUAUCUAGAUCAGUUGUAGUUCUGCUUUGGGCAGUGACCUUGAAUCAGUUACUCUCUCAGUCCUAGGAAGAAGACAAUAGCAAUCCACUUCUGAAAUCCUGUCAAUAAAACUACAGAGACCUGUCUAGGCAGUUGCCAGGAAUCAAAGCUGACUCGAAGAGACAAAAAAAAAAAAAAUCAUAGAAUUCCUGAAU